UAAGACAGCUAACAUACGUACAGGUUUCACAGAGAAAACAAAGGCACACAAUUCCGAACAUGUUACAAAAACACCUGCUAUUUUUUUCAGUUGGUCUCAUUUUCUUCAAAGAUGUUGUUAUUACAGUGGAUGUCACUAUACCAGAAAGCACUGUGGUGGGAAAAACUGGUUCAAAUGUACUCUUACCCUGUAUAUACAGUUCCACUCCUGCUUCUCAGUUUGUUCUUGAAUGGUGGUUUGCCCCUGGCAACACAGCACCAUCAGAUGGACAACAGAUGUAUUACUAUUCCAAUGGAAAAACCUACAAACCUGGAUCGCAGUCUGAAAGACUAAGUACUUCGGUGACUCCACCAAUUACAGGAAUUGCAUCAAUUCAAUUAAAUAAUAUCAUAUCAUCUGACAGUGGUUCCUAUGUGUGCCAAGUAAACAACCCGCCGGAUUUCAGAGGCACUGGCUCAGGAAUUGUGAAACUCAUAGUUCAAGUUCCACCAUCUACCCCAACAUGCCAGUUGAAUGGAAAAGCCAUAGCUGGAAGUGAUGUAACACUGAUGUGCAGUUCCACUGAAGGUUACCCAGCUCCAGUUUAUUCAUGGACUUAUGCAGGAUCCAAGUUAUCAUCCUUUCCUAGCAUGAUGGAAAAUGAAAUAAGUGGAAGCCUCCUUAUCACCAACAUUUCACAGGCCAAUUCCGGAAUUUACCAGUGCGUGGCAACAAAUGAUAUGGGGACAGCAACAUGCGACGUGACAGUCUCUGUUACAAACGCUGCUGAUGCCGGAACAAUAGCAGGUGUUGUCGUGGGAGUUUUGUUGGCAAUACUGUUGAUUGUAGCUGUAGCCAUUUAUAUAUUAUGUUACAGAAGAAAACAGAAGAAGUCUCAGAAACCUGAUUACCCUGGCAAUGAAAUAAGGGAAGAUGCAAUGUCACCAGGGAUGCAUGAUGGCAGAAGAUCCAGCCAAACAGAUUCCUUCCUGUCAAACAAUGCAACAAGAAGGCAUGACAGCAUGGUUGUUUAAUAUAAAGCUUAAAAAGGACAUUUAAACAUUUAAAGGAGAUGUAUGGGCAUUGGGAACAAUGAAAAAACCCUAAUCUUGUAGGCAAUAAUGAAUAAUAUAUGGUGCUGGUUUCACUUUGGGCUAAAAGUGAAUAUUAUACAGUCCCUGUAGAAAUAACUGGACUUGCUGUGUUUUUCUUGAAGACUUUUCGCCAGUCAUCCAACUGGCAGGCACGUUUCACGUUCCAAUGCCGCGUCAGAGCGGAUGGAGGAGGGGCCGCAUCGCUAGUGCAGUGAGCGCUAUUGCGCUUGCUGCACUAGAAGAGCCAAAUUUCCGUUUUAAAAAACGGAAAUUCGUCUCUUAAAGUUACCAGAGGCGGCUUUUUGCCGUCCUUGGUAACUGCCUGCUCCGUGCUGCCUGAGGAUUCUCACCUUGCCUCAUGGCCGGAGCGGCCCUGCCAACUGGCUUUCUCAAUUCAGAAUGACUUGUAAAUAAGAUCUUUCUGGAAAAAAUACCCUGGAGUGUUGCUCCAAUAAGCAAAAUCUGUUUAUCAUAAUCUGCAAGGAUGUUAUGAAGUUAGAUGUUGAUUGUAUUAGCAAGAUUGGAGCUUUGAGGUGUUAUUAAACCUUCCAGAUAGAGGUGCCAAAACAGCAUUGUAUGUGGCAGACAAUAGACGUCGCACCCCCCUGCCUCUAUAUUUAAACUUGGUUUUUCAGUUUUUACAUAUAUGGCUUCUUGUAAAAACCAGUUGGAUGACUAGUAAAAUGUCUUCAAGA